AUGGAAGAUAGCACACUAUUUUACUACAUCAAGGAGUCCACCCUGUACCUGGUGCUAUGCCUCAGAAGUGGGAUACAGAACUUCAUGAAGACCCUCUCUGGCUUGACCAUCAUCCUGGUGGUGGAGUCCAGGAACACCACUGAGAAUGGCAAGGAAAAUAUCCCAGUCAAGAAUCACAUAUUUCUUGAUCAGCAGAGGGUGAUCUUUGCUGAUCUGGAAGAGUGUAGCCUGUCAGAUUUCAAAAUCCAGGAGGCCACCCUGGACCUGGUGCUGCAUCUCAGAUGUGGGAUGCAGAUCUUCAUGAAGACCCUAACUGGCACAAGCAUCGCCCUGGAGGUGGAGCCUGGUGACAUCAUGGAGAAUGUCAAGAUCUUCAUGAGGACUCUUACCAGUAGGACCAUCAAGCUGAAGAUGGAGCCCAUUGACACCUUUGAGAAUGUCAAUAUCUUCAUGAAGAACCUGACUGACAUGACCAUCACCCUGGCGGUGGAGUCCAGGAACACCACUGAGAAUGCUGGUGGUGCAACCAGAGGUGGGAUGCAGAUCUUCAUGAAGACCCUGACAGGCACGACCAUCACUCUGGAGGUGGACCUCAGUGACAUUAUUGAGAAUAUCAAGGCAAAUAUCCAAGACAAAGAAGGCAUUCUUCCUACCACCAGAGGUUGUUCUAGCAAGGAGCAAGAAGACAGCACCCUGUCUUACUCCAACAUCUCAUAA